ACAGAGAGGAGCGCAAACUCAAGUGGAAGGGGGGGGGGUUGAACCGAGGACGUGUGGUUUUCUUGGGAAGGCAAGUCGUGUGCUGCUCAUCGGCCUCUCUGGACCGUAUUCAACCACCGAGACUCUCGCUGGAUCCGCCCGGAUAAAAAUAACCUGCUUCCAAGGUCCCAACCAUGAGGACCCGCGUGUGGAUUUACCAAGCUGUGGUGUGUGUGGUGGUCACUGUAUUAAACACAGGGUUUUGUCGGCCUCCGAUGUUACAGAAGUACGAAAAGAGCGAAAGUCGCAUGCUGGUUUGCGCGGACUGCCCUCAGCCCCUGGUACGAAAAGUCCGAUCGCAGGAGAACUGCGCGCACAAGUGCAAGAAUGUCAAGAAAAACUUCACCUGCCGGGCUUUCAACUUUCAACGGCACACCAGGAAGUGCUACUUGCUUCCCUUCGACCGCUUCACCCGCGGCGUGCAGAAGCAGGCCGACGUCAACUUUACCCUGUAUGAAAAAAAAGAUUACAUAAGGGAGUGUAUCGUCGGCACCAAGGACGACUACAGAGGGAGGAGGUCUUGGACCAAGUCAAACAUCACUUGCCAAGCUUGGUCAGAUAAUAACAUCAAUGAACACACGUUUUAUCCUGAUAGGUACACAGCCCACGACCUGAGGGAGAACUUCUGCAGGAAUCCCAACAACGAUCCCGGUGGUCCGUGGUGCUACACCACAGACCCCAACGUGCGAGCCGAGGAGUGCGGCGUGCCGCAGUGUUCAGAGGAAGUCUGUAUGACGUGUAACGGGGAAAGUUACCGGGGAAAACUUGACCACACGGAGAGUGGCAAGGAGUGCCAGAGGUGGGACUCACCCAGGCCCAACAAGCACCACUUCCAGCCCAAGAAGUAUCGGCACAAAGACUUAAGGGACAACUACUGUCGCAACCCAGACAAUCGUCUCCGUCCCUGGUGCUACACCAUGGACCCCAAAACCCCGUGGGAGUAUUGCAACAUCACUCUGUGUGAUUCUGACUCGUGUGAAGACAUAGACGUCAACGUCACGACGUCCUGUGUCCAGGAAAAGGGCACCGAUUACCGCGGCACGAUGAACGUCACGCCAGAGGGUGUGAGGUGUCAGCGAUGGGACUCCCAGUCGCCCCAUAACCACUCCUUUCUUCCUCAGAACUUCAGAUGCAAUUUUCGUAUGUGCUACAGGGACCUCAGAGAGAACUACUGCCGUAACCCCGACGGUGCAGAUUACCCAUGGUGCUUCACUACGGACCCGAGUCAAAGGACAGCCAACUGCACCCACAUCCCCAGGUGUGACGCUGAGGCCACAGAAAAAAAUGAGUGUUAUGAGGACAACGGAGAGGCAUAUCGGGGCACUUUAUCCAUAACUCGAUCCGGUAUUCCCUGUGCAGACUGGUCACAUCACAUCAACAGCGGGGAUUCUCACUCCACGGAGUCCCAUGUAGGGCUGGAGAAGAAUCACUGCAGGAACCCGGACCGGGACAAACAUGGCCCCUGGUGUUACACCAAUCCAAAUAACCGUCUGGCCUGGGACUACUGUAACCUCAAGCACUGUGAAUCAGCUGCAGUGGCUCCGCAAUCCAACACUUUAACUGGGCCCAAGAUAUCGUGUUUUGUGCAUAUAAACACAAGAAUUGUGGGAGGACACCAAGUGCGAGGUACAGAUGGAAGCUGGGUGGUCAGCAUCCAAAGAGAGAAGGUCCAUUUGUGCGGGGGCUCGUUGAUCAGAGAAGAUUGGAUUUUGACAGACCAACAGUGCUUCACCUCCUGUGUUCCAGAUCUCCGGGAUUACACCGUGCAGGUUGGUCUGCGCCACCUCAACGAGUCCUCCGGCCACCCGAGACUCCGCAUCUCUCGCCUGAUCUGUGGCCCGGAAGGAUCCAACCUGGUUAUGCUGAAACUGGUGGACCCGGCCCCGGUGUCUGAAGGGGCCUCCACCAUUCAUCUUCCAGUAAAAGAGUGUCACAUCCCCGAGGGCACCAACUGCACCAUGUAUGGAUGGGGGGAAACCAAAAACACGGGACACGAUGAGGCGCUGAACGCUCUGACCAUGCCCAUGGUCAACAACGACAUGUGCUCGCAGAUCAAAGGCGACGCCGGGGAAAGACGAAUAUGUGCCGGCGGGAAGAGAGGAGAAGGCGUGUGUGACAAAGACAACGGCGGUCCGUUGGUUUGCCAGGAACACGAGCGCAAAGUGGUCAUCGGCGUGAGCAUCCAGAGGACCAAAUGCGCCUCGUCGCAGCCCGCGCUGUUUGUCAACGUGGCCUUCUACUCGGAGUGGAUAUACAAAGUGUUCAGGCUUUACCCCAGUUUGGAGAGGAACUGAUGACGUGGCAGGUGGGGGGGGAG